GGCUUCUUUUUUGAUAAACGCCGAUUUGAAAAUUGUUGAGAUCUGUUAAACUUUAAUGGUCACGCUAACUCACAAUUUGUAAAAACGUGAGUUGUUUUUUGUAUCAUGCACCAGCCUGGAAAUAUUACCGAAGAAUUUCCGAGUACAUCUGAAACUGCAAUUGGUGGAGAGGUGAAGAAACCGGAGACCCAAACGGAUAAAACCUUUUCACGUUGUCAUUCAAUAGUGCUCACAGAGGACGACUAUAAACAAACAAUUUCUGACUCUUAUCAAAAACGUUUACAAAACCUCCGCAAAGAAUUAAAUUAUAUAAGUGAGACAGACUGGAUGUAUGAAUCAGCAAAUAGGAAGGCGCUAUAAUCACUUAAAUGAAACUAAAGAUUUUUUUUCAAGUUUUAGACAUACAUAAUUUAAAUAUUCAAAAUAAAAAUGUUGUCCUUUUUU